CUAAUUGACUAUGCACACAUAUGAAGUAGUAGAGGUCCCAAGCUUCACAUAUUAUAAGUGCUCAAGCAUUGUGACAAUGUCUCAUCCCAUGUGCAGAUAAGCACAAAUAACAGCUGCGCCCUCUGUUGCACUAACAACAGAUGUCUCUGCGAGCAAGGAGGGUUCGACAGAGCUCGCCAUUUUUAAGUUAAUAUGAAUCACUUUUCAAAGUUGGAAAAACUUUCAAUUAGUUGAGGUGACAUAAACAUAUCAUAUUGAGUUAACGCAACAUUUUCAUAGACUUGAUGUGAAACUAACUUAAAAUGUUAUGUUAUUAUGACUUUUUCUUUUUACAGUGUACAAGGAUGAAGAAGCUGGCUCAACCCAAACCCAGCCAGCUGAGAUAUCCAGACCGUCGUUCUGUUUACUGGCUGGAUCAUCUGCCACCACACAAAACUGGGUCCAUCACCAAAACCGGUACCCUGCACUUGUUCUGUCUGUUCACAAACCUGUCCUGUAGGGUCCUCACUUUUUUUGUUGUUCAUCUCCUGGGCUCUUUUUUAUAUUCUUCUAUGUCUCUAGCUCUAAUCUCAUUUCCUGCCCUAUUCCUUCCUUCAUUGUCAUUUUUUAUUUCUUCUAUUUCCUCUGGUGUUUAUUUACCUUUUCUCCCCUCUGCCUCAGUCACCCCUUUCUCUCUUUUGUCUCUUCUCUCAUUCAUGCGCUCACCUGCCCUCCCCCCCCUGUCUUCUUCCCUACCUUCUCUUCUCAUGUUUUUUUUCUCUCUCCAAAGACUUUCUCCUACGUGGGAGGUAAGUGAAUGGGCUCUCCAGGCUGUUGCAUCUGAUCGGUUGUGUAGUCUGGCUCAUCCUCGAGCAUCUGCAGCUGGCUGGCAGCUGGACCGCCCACUGCUGGCCCCUUUGAACAGAGCAACACAGACUGCGGUAGCCACAUCGAGGAUUUGCCAGCUCGCCCAACCAAGAAGAAGGCUUGCUCUGGAGGGCUCUGGCCACAAAUCUAAACCUGAACCCAUCUCUCAUGAGCCCUACAGAGCAUCAGCACACAUAGAGCUACUUGCUACCCCUAAACAUGACCACCCCAAGUUCAGAGGAGAGCGCCCGGUGUGCUGGCUCGUCUCCAGAGCAGCCAGAAGCCAUGUAGCGGACCAGAGACUUCUCGAGCUCUCCAGUCCUAAAGAGAGGAAGGCUCUCUUUGAGGGCUAUGACCCGUACAGAGUUAGCCGGGCAGCCCGCUCGGCCAGCCCCUCCCCUCGAAUUCAACAGCUCUCUCUUCCUCUGCCUCGCAAAUGUAGCUCCAGGCAGGAGGGAUGAGGUCAGCUCUCGUUAUUAAUAUAUUUAUUUCAUUUGAAGUUACGACGCCUAUUAAUAGCUUUGUUACAUGAGCCUGAAUUUGCAUUAAACAGUACACCAGUGUUA